GACAACACACUCAACGACCUCACGCGGCAGCAUCACCACCACCUCACUGCGGGACUCGGAGCCCACGACCACCCUCUGUCCAGAGUGCCAUUCCAGGCUCGACAUGAUUUGACUUUACGAUCGACCACAAGCACCGAGGCUGUUGAUGCGCAUGAGGCCGCCGUGAAGGCACCGGCCGCCUUCAGAAAGCCAUGUACUGGCCUAUUGGAACUCCCCGGAUAUAUGCGACAAGCGCCAGCUGCCCGCCAUCCUACCCUCACCUCUACUCCCACGAUGGGUUACCAGCCGCCGAUCAGGGGCCUCCCAGAAGCUCUCUGUUGUCCCCAGGUGCCGCCGCCGACGGUCACGAUUCCUCGAGUGUCCCCCCUACGCCCAUCACUCCGGUAACACCCUUCACACCGGCUAUCAAGUCCGUCGAGCACGACUACUACGAUGACGACGGGCAGUCCGAACCACCAUCACCUCCUCCUCCAGAGCCCUCGCAGUCCAAUGCUCCGCCCAGGGAACCAAUACUGGCUCUCCGGGUUGCAAGAGCUGGCCACUUGUUCGCCGUCAUCACCUCAACGUCAAUGACCAUCUGGCAGACAAAACCAACGGUUGUUCUCGCUGUUGUUGUUCGAUCCGAGGCGUCACUAAAAUCCUACGGUACCAACACUAGCUUGAUGCUGCGUCCGGAUGCCGCCAUAUUUGUCGUGCGCACCAGCCUGGGCUAUCUGAUCACCUACUCUCUGGCUACCGAUGCCGACUCUCGAGUCUACAAACCCCAUUUUUCCAGUCAUACCAAUGUUCAGAAACGGCGGCAAACCCAUGCAGGCGGCCCGGGAGCGAUGGCCCCCGACCAAAUACUAUGGGGCCCCGGUGAGGGAUCGGGAGUUAGGGAUGUCAGCGUUCGUUUCCGCAUGGUUAUCAAAGUUGACGCCGGCAUUGAGAGUGCCUUGGCUUUGGACGACGAGUUGGUGGUGGCUACACGGAAACCUGCGGCAGUUCAGUGCAUCCGAUGGACCCCAGACAGCUCCGGAAGUCAAACCAGCACAGAGCUGUUGAGCCGCAUGGGCUGGGUCGACAAGAAGGUUAUGGUUCGCGAGAUGACACAUGAUAGGCGCAUGAACCUGUCCACAUGGGUGACCAGCGACGGCAAAGCGUACGCCGUCCAGCGCAUCACUGGCAGCCGACAGGAUCCCGAUACGAACCAGCUGGCCGACCCAAAGAAGCUUUUCAAAGGCUACUGCUUUUAUACACCUCAGACACCUGGCGAACAAGCGAUACGUUGCGUCGUCAAUGCCGUCUUCUCUCUUAUUGCCGUGGGCUGUGCAGAUGGCAACAUUCGCGUGUUUUCGGCAAGAGAUUACUCGGGAAACAUUCCAGCUUCUCACGUCCACAAUCUCCCUGCUUCAACCAACACCUGUGGCAGACUUACAACUCUCAGCUACUCUCCUGAUGGUUAUUGUCUUUUUGCUGGCUAUGAAAAGGGAUGGGCAACAUGGAGCGUGUACGGCAAGCCGCUAAGUAACAGUUUUGGGGCCGAUCAUUCCAUUGCUAGCACAACCGGGGAAGAGUGGAUAUCCGGUGUCCUCGACGCAGCCUGGAUUGGAGGUGGCUGCGAACUGCUGCUUGUGGGCCGAUCCCAUGAAUCAAUAUGGCUGCUAGAGAUGGCACGAAGCGCAGUAACCGGAUGCUACAACUCUGCAAAUCUCUUCAGGACCGUGCUUCAGAGCACUUCCAGCGUCAUGGUCUAUAGGGGAUAUGACCUACCGGAUCUUACUUCGAUCUCGGCCGAACCUGGGCUGUGGCAUACAGCUAGGAUACCAGCCAGCUAUCUUAUGAACCAUUGGCCAAUCAGGUGUACUGCCAUCUCCAGCGAUGGUCGAUAUGUUGCAGUGGCGGGCAGAAGGGGCUUGGCUCACUAUAGCGUUAACAGCGGUCGCUGGAAGACGUUCGCGAACGCGGAUGCGGAGAACGAGUUCCAUGUGAAGGGUGGCAUGUGUUGGUACCAGAAUAUCCUGGUUGCUGCCGUGGAGGCUAAUAGGAGCUUCGAACUCCGUCUCUACUCGCGGGAGGCAUCGCUCGAUAGCUCGAAUGUGCUACAUACUCAGGAGAUGUCGGCACCGAUUGUCCUGAUCACUCCCUCUGGUGAAGACUCGCUGCUCGUUUAUACUUACGACAACCUCCUCUACCACUUUAUCUUUGCACCAUUCGGUGGCACCGUUAGGCUGGUAGAAGUUGGCCACAUAGCUUUUCAUGGCAUUAUCCGAUCACCCGCACGAGUUCGAGGUCUGAGCUGGAUUUUGCCCGAGAGCCAGCUGUUAGACGGAGACCCAUCCCAAGACGUGGCUCAUGCCUCUGUCUUGUUCUUGGUAGAUGGCAAGCUGGUCCUCCUUCGACCCUCGUACAAUGAAGGCGGCCUCAAAUACGAUAUGCGCGUCAUUGCGAACAACCUCGAAUUCUACGUUAGCAUGAGGGACCAGCCUUUUGUGGGCGGCGUCCUGACGCCCUCCGAAAAGCAGGUCUUUACGGCCGCGGCUGAUGACAGUUUACGCAAUUCACUCUGGAUCUUUGAUGGUAGUGAAAUCAAGGCCUGGACGGAUGUCGAGCCAGUUUUGAGAGCCAUCUCUGGAGAAGCCACUAGAGAGCUUCCACCCAUGACAUCUAUCCCUAUCGACUUUUAUCCUCUAUCCGCUCUUCUCAGCAAAGCCAUAGUACUUGGCGUGGAGUCUGAUCUCAUCCAACGCCGUGAUGUCAGCUUCUCCUUCUUUCGUUUCUCGAUACGGACACACCUCUUUCUACCCGAUAUACUGCGGUUCUACCUUACGAAUAAUAGACCGGUUGAGGCGUUGCGAUUAGCUCAGCAAUAUGAGCACCUUGAGUACUUUGCACAUGGACUGGAAAUUCUUCUGCACCACGUCCUGGACGAAGAGGUGGAUGCCCACCCUCCACCCGCUCCAGAACAUGCCAUCCUCCCACGGGUGCUGUCACUCCUCUCAUCAUUCAAGCAGUACUUGGACAUUGUAGUGCAGUGUACCCGCAAGACGGAAGUGCGUUCCUGGCGUACUCUGUUUGCUUAUCUCCCUCCACCUCAGGAGCUUUUCGAGGAGAGCUUACAGCGUGGCAGCCUUAAGACUGCUGGCGGCUACUUGCUCAUCCUCCACACCUUUGACGAACUCGCGACAGCAAGCGAGCAGAGCGUGCGUCUCCUAAGCAGAGCAAUGCGCGAGGGCGACUGGGAGCUUUGCAAAGAACUGGCACGGUUUUUGGCCGCGCUCGAUGAAACGGGGGACACGUUGCGUGAAGCAAUGGAGCUGGCAAAGAUACGGGUGAAGCAGGAAAGUGAGCUGGAGGAUGGCCAUGGCAGCGUAGGCAGCGGGCUGGGCACAAUGCUUGGAGUUCCUCAGGGUGGUGGUGUUAACGGUGCUUCUAGCACCACUAGCUCGUUGAUCUCGAAUACCAAGGGGAUUACGGGUAGUGACUGGGAUGCCGACAGGCGGACAAUCAGCGACGCCGGCAGCGUGGUCAGUGCUAAUCGGUACGAGGGCUGAUGGGAGUGGCUCUUUGAAAGCCGAUUUCAUGGGAAUUGGAUAAAACGGGUUCUGGGUGCGAGACAAGCGGACACGAUUUGUCUCAUGAGAGUACACAAACAGUAGGACAACUUUUAAAAAGAGGUUUCAAAAUAAUUUAGAACAGCUAUAAUCACAGGCAAUAGAGGUUGCCUUUUUUCCCCAGCAUAUGCCUCUUCAAAAACCAGGAGCAAAGUCUAGCAUUGAUCAUCAUGGCGCCCAAAUGAAUAAUAACAAAGCACAUGCCUCCCCAAGUGUAUGGUACUGACAUGUGUUUCUCGAUCUCAUACGCUGGGCCGCUGGGCUGACUG